AAUUUGCCCCAUGAUGUAUUUUUACCCUUUUUAAAAUCAAAAUCAUGGAUUAGGUUUUUAUUUUUUAAGGGGAUCAUGGAUUAGGUAUGUUGUUCUUCAUCAUCCCAAUUCCCAAUUGCAUAACGUGUAAUUAAUACUCUAAUAUAAUUAGACUAGAAAAAGAAACCAAAAACCUUUGUUGAACGCGGCAAAAUUGCAUCAAAACUCAAAGUUCGUUGAAUUUCAUCCAAGCAAAAAAUUCCCUUCAGUCAAUUCUCAAACAUUAACUUUUUCCGAUCACAAUUCAACCCAGAUCCCAAAUCCAAAUACCCAAAUCAGAAAACCAAUUAUACCCAUUUACCCACCAUGAUGAUGCUGGUAAAUUGUUCGGGUUGCCGGACUCCAUUACAACUACCUCCCGGCGCAUCAUCCAUCCGUUGUGUUGUUUGUCAAGCCAUCACACAUAUAGCCGACCCACGUGCCGCGCCUCCAUCUCAUCAUCCUUCACCACAUUCUCACGCGCCGCCCGGACAACUUACAGCACCCUCACCGUAUUCACACGCGCCGCCCGGACAACUUACAGCACCCUCACCGUAUUCACACGCGCCUCCUGGUCCGCCGGCAUCUGUGCAUGGCCGUAAGAAGGCUGUGAUUGUUGGGAUUUCUUAUAAAUAUUCAAGGCAUGAGCUUAAAGGGUGUAUUAAUGAUGCUAAGUGUAUGAGAUUUUUGUUGAUCAAUAAGUUUCAAUUUCCUUCUGAAUCAAUCAUCAUGCUUACUGAAGAAGAAACCGAUCCGUACAAGAUUCCUAACAAACAUAACAUUAGGUUGGCGCUGUUUUGGCUAGUAAAUGGCUGUCAGCCUGGGGACUCCCUGGUUUUUCACUAUUCGGGCCAUGGUUCACGGCAGCGGAAUUAUAAUGGAGAUGAAGUGGAUGGAUAUGAUGAAACUCUAUGCCCUUUGGACUUUGAAACACAAGGGAUGAUUGUUGAUGAUGAAAUAAAUGCAACUAUAGUCAGACCUCUUCCUCGUGGGGUUAAACUUCAUGCAAUUAUCGAUUCAUGUCAUAGUGGCACUGUGCUGGAUUUACCAUUUCUUUGCAGAAUGCACAGGAGCGGGCAGUAUGUUUGGGAGGAUCACCGCCCACGAUCUGGCGUAUGGAAAGGAUCUAAUGGUGGAGAAGUUAUCUCAAUUAGUGGUUGUGAUGAUGACCAGACCUCAGCUGAUACAGCUGCUUUGUCACAGAUCACUUCAACUGGGGCUAUGACUUACUGUUUUAUACAAGCCAUUGAGCAUGGACAAGCUAGUACUUAUGGGAACUUAUUAAAUUCUAUGCGGUCAGCCAUACGUAAUGCUGGUAAUAGCUCUGGUGGAGGAGGCCUUGGAGGAGGUGUUGUUACAUCUCUUUUGACGAUGCUAGUCACCGGAGGAAGUGUUGGUGGGAGUUUGAGACAGGAACCACAAUUGACUGCUUGUGAGCCAUUCGAUGUGUAUACAAAACCCUUCUCAUUAUGAUAAAUCUUCCAUCGAUCGAACCCAUCUUCCCUAUAUGAAGAAGUUCCAAUAUAGUUGGAUCUGGUGGUAUCGUACGAUACAGAAUUUGAUUACUUUUUUGAGUUUUAGUUGUAUCCAUCAUUAUCAGAUUCGUUGUCAUGAUGAACUUAUUUGUGCAGAGUUCCAGAAAUUCUUGCGCCAAGCAAUAAAAUCUUGUGCGGAUUUAUUAUUUAAUUACAGGUUCUUACCUUUGUAGCAUGCUUUAUAAUUUAUGCUGCGUAAAUAUUACUGAUUGUAACAUAUUGUGUGGAAAAAUAUCAAUAUCAGUUGCAACUUGCAAGUAUAAUGAAAUGAAGAAGUACCCUUGAAUGUAUUGCGAGUACUUCGCAUAUUUUUUAUAUAAAAAACUUAUCAUUGUUCUCAAGUCCUCAUGCUUGUAUGGCGAGUGGUCGGAUUCAGAUAUGGGAUUCUCGAAAUUGAUUAUCAUAAUUAGAAAAAGGAAAUUAAAGGGCCCUCGACAAUAUUUGAAAUAUAUUUAUGUGUUUUACAGGAGUAAUUUUUUUUCAAAUUAAGUAUAAUUUAUAAUAAUUUAUGGGGGUCUAUGUACUCCCAAGCUCCUUACUGUGUCAUUCUACAUGACGGCAUCUGUCAUUAUUAUUGGUCACUGUUGGAUUGCGUAGUACUCCUGUGAUUUAAAACAUGUAAAAGUUUGACAAGAUAAAAAUAAUAAUUAACAAAACUUUAUUCUGAAAAUACCUAUUAUUUACAUUUUUAUUUAAAUAAGGUGUUAUAAGGAUAUGGUUAAAUCGGGGGAGCAAAAA